AUUCCAGAUGUAAAUCUAAAGUGACACUUCUCCUUCAACUUAAUUAAAGAAGCUACGCAACGUUAAAAGGUGCACUGAACUACGACAAACGAAAGAAAUUUGAUCAAACAUGUCGCCGUCGUUGUUAUUGUCUCAGUAUCUGGAGAAUUCCGGCGGAAUCGCCAUCGUAGACGGCGGACUUGCGACGGAGCUAGAGCGUCACGGCGCCGAUCUCAAUGAUCCUCUCUGGAGCGCUAAAUGCCUCCUCACCUCCCCUCACCUUGUUCGCCAGGUUCACCUUGAUUACCUUGAAGCUGGUGCUGAUAUUAUAAUAUCUGCAUCAUAUCAGGCCACUAUCCAGGGUUUUCGUGCCAAAGGAUUAUCACAAGAAGAAAGUGAAGCGUUACUUAGGAAAAGUGUUGAUAUUGCUUGUGAGGCACGUGAUUUAUACUACAAAAACUGUGGUAAAGCUUCUGCGGAGGGCCUGGAGGCUAGACAUGAUAGCAAGAUCCUAAAAUCUCGGCCCAUCUUGGUUGCAGCAUCAGUGGGAAGUUAUGGUGCUUAUUUGGCUGAUGGUUCUGAGUAUAGUGGGAACUAUGGUGAUACAGUGACUCUGGAUUACUUAAAAGAUUUUCAUCGGAGAAGAGUUCAGGUUUUGGCUGAAUCAGGUGCCGACCUAAUUGCGUUUGAAACAAUUCCAAAUAAAGUUGAAGCACAGGCAUAUGCUGAACUCCUUAAUGAGGAAAACAUAAAAAUUCCCGCAUGGUUUACUUUUAGCUCAAAGGAUGGUGAGAAUGUGGUCAGCGGUGAUUCUUUGCUCGAGUGUGCAUCAAUUGCCGAGGCCAGCAAGAAGGUUGUUGCAGUUGGGAUCAACUGUACCCCUCCUAGAUUUAUUGAAGGACUGAUUUUGUUAAUUAAAAAGGUGGCGACCAAGCCAAUUAUUAUAUAUCCAAACAGUGGUGAAACCUAUGAUCCCAUUGUAAAGAAUUGGGUGCAAAAUACAGGUGUUCAAGAUGAAGAUUUUGUUUCUUAUGUGAAAAAUUGGCAGAAGGCAGGCGCUUCUCUAUUUGGCGGUUGUUGUAGAACUACUCCAAAGACGAUAAAUGGCAUUUACAGGACUCUCUCAGAGCAUUCAGUGUCACUGCGUUAACAAGUAACUGACACUUUUGUGUUGUAAAUGACUAAUUCGGAAAUAUGACCCGGGCAUGUGUACUAUUGCCUUCAUUGACCGAAUUUCUUGACCGGAUUUGUUUACUGAAGAGACCUUCUCGUUUUCUGUAUAUAAAGGAUUUGGAUAUCUGCACAAAGUCAAGCUUUGCAUACAAAAAAGUCACCGUUUCCUUUACUUUUUGUCUCAAAUUUCUGUACCGAAAACUCUCUCCUCUCAAUAAGUUACACCCCCUUGUCCCUUGAUAGUUAA